UAGAACAACUUUAUUGAUGAUAAGGAAUCUGAGGAACAUGGUUUUAGACAAGGAACCAGGCUAAUCCUUGUGCUUUGGCUCCAGGAUUCAUCGAGGUUUUUCGAAAGUGAAUAGUUUUUUCCCAAUGGGGCAAAAAUCGUAUUUGCUUUUAAAUUGCAGUCCUUAGGAUUCUAGAAAGAGGCAUCCAUACAUUUAACACUCGUCGAAGGCAGUGAGUCAGUUUGUUGAAGGAAGAGAUUCCUGCUUCAGGAAACUGUCAGCCAAGGAGCUUUAAGUCUUUCGCGAAUUGGACCCAGAUUUCCAGGGGUAAUUUUCGGAUCCUUACAAGAAAGGCAUGGGAGGUAGUAUCUUCUCUGUAACAGCCGAGGAAAACCGAGGUGUGGGACCACGGUCUGGGACUAGGCAUUACGUCUGGCUCCUCCCCUCACUGUUUUGUUACCGUUUUCGCCCUGUGCGCACGCCAGAGUUCAAGCCGCAUCCUACCGGUUCCCUUUCCGCAUGCCGCCUACUGGAAAAAUACAUUUCCCACAAUACCACGCGCCGACCGGGCCUCGCAUGGGACGUCCUCAACAUUGCCGUUAUGUUUAUGGUUACCCGAAUGCACAUUUUCGAGAAGAACUGAUGCAGCAGAAUGGGAUACGGCAUGGGUCUUAUACAGCUUCCCGGCAACACAUCUAUAUCGAUAAAAAUACGAAGGUUAUUUGCCAGGGAUUCACUGGCAAGCAGGGUACCUUUCACAGCCAGCAGGCUUUGGAUUACGGCACCAAAAUCGUGGGAGGAACCACGCCAGGGAAGGGCGGCAAGACACACCUGGGCUUGCCCGUCUUUAAUACUGUGAAGGAAGCCAAAGAGAAAACAGGAGCGACAGCUUCUGUCAUUUAUGUACCGUCUGCUUUUGCCGCUGCUGCCAUCGAUGAAGCCAUUGAUGCCGAAGUUCCCUUGGUUGUGUGCAUUACUGAAGGUAUCCCACAGCAGGACAUGGUGCGGGUCAGACACAAGCUGACGCGGCAGGGCAAGACCAGGCUGAUUGGGCCCAACUGCCCUGGAAUCAUCAAUCCUGGAGAAUGCAAAAUUGGCAUCAUGCCUGGCCAUAUUCACAAGAAAGGAAGAAUAGGUAUUGUGUCCAGAUCUGGCACGCUGACUUACGAAGCAGUUCACCAAACAACCCAGGUUGGCCUGGGGCAGUCCUUGUGCAUUGGCAUUGGAGGUGACCCCUUUAAUGGGACAAAUUUUAUUGAUUGCCUUGACGUCUUCCUGAAAGAUCCGGCCACAGAAGGCAUCAUACUGAUUGGUGAAAUUGGUGGUCAUGCUGAAGAACAAGCUGCCGAAUUCUUGAAGGAACACAAUUCAGGGGCAAAUUCCAAGCCUGUAGUGUCCUUCAUUGCUGGUAUAACUGCUCCCCCUGGCAGAAGGAUGGGCCAUGCAGGGGCCAUUAUUGCUGGAGGGAAAGGUGGCGCUAAAGAGAAGAUCGCUGCCCUUCAGAGUGCGGGGGUUGUUGUGAGCAUGUCCCCCGCACAGCUGGGAACCGCCAUGUAUAAGGAAUUUGAAAAGAGGAAGAUGCUAUGAAGGACAUGACAUGAAGUUCUUUAAAGCUGUGGAAGAAUCCUUGUAGACUGAGAGUCAGUCCAGAGUGUUGGCUCACACAUCUGACACUGGCCUCUCAUCACAUGGGAAACCAGGCAAAUUUUAGAAUGUCCGAAAUUGAGCUAUUUUCACGUACUGUGUAACAGAGACAGAUAAUAAAUCUAUCAUUUGAUUUGAA